CAUUGGUCGGUCUCCUCCUCUCAAUCAGUGUGAUCAGAUGUGAUCUGGCACCUGUGUGUGUGCGUUACCCACGGGAGCCUGUUGCUCAUGAGUGUUGUGGAGCGAUCUGCUUCUGUGCUGUGUGAGAUUAUGCGCGCAACUGCACGAUAACGAUCAUGUUUUGCGUCUUUGCGCGUUAAUGGUGAUGAAGAGGACGCUUUUUGGAUAGAUGCAUUUUUUGUGUUUCUUCAUAAUACUCAUCCUCAGCCAGCAUCUGAUGAAGUUUGGGCGCGUUUUAGAUGCACUAUGUUAUGCAUUUGUGAUAUAGUCACCGGCGCGUCUUGAGAAGAACAUCGAAAGCAAGAUCCCCGUUAUUUGUUUCCGCGAUGUCAAUCAAAAAAGCAACAUUGAUGGAGAAUGGGGUUAAAAACGGAACGUCGAGAAAUGUGCUGGAGCGAUGCGCCUCGGUCAACGAGUAUUUUGAUAUUGCCUUCAAGGUGAUGCUGCUGGGAGACUCGGCAGUGGGGAAGACCUGUGUCCUGGUGCGCUUUAAAGAUGGUGCCUUUCUGGGAGGCAACUUCAUUGCCACAGUGGGGAUUGACUUUAGGAAUAAGGUGGUGACUGUGGAUAACAUGAAAAUCAAACUCCAGAUGUGGGACACGGCCGGUCAGGAGAGGUUCCGCAGUGUUACUCACGCGUACUACAGAGACGCUCAGGCUCUGCUGCUGCUGUAUGACAUCACGAGAAAGUCCUCCUUCGACAACAUCAGAGCCUGGCUGACUGAAAUCUAUGAGUAUGCACAGAAGGAUGUGGUCAUCAUGUUGCUUGGCAACAAGUCAGACAUGGCCGCUGAGAGGGUGAUCACACAUGAAGAAGGGGAGAAGCUGGCUAAGGAAUAUGGAGUCCCUUUCAUGGAGACCAGUGCCAAGAACGGUGUCAAUGUGGAACUCGCUUUCCAAGCCAUAGCAAGAGAACUCAGGCACAGAAACAUCCAGCAGCCCCACGAGCCCAAGUUCAAGAUUCAUGAUUACAUCGAGUCACAGAAGCAGAAGUCCAACUGCUGCGGCAGCCUCAUGUGACCAGCUCCACGUCUCCAUCUCCAGACGACAGAUAUUCCUACACAAAUACGCGUGUGAAUGAAACGUGCUUUUUGAUGUGUCUGAUUCCCCAGACCCCUGUUCGCUUUAUAGUCAGGAAUAUACAGCCAAAUACUGCUGAGGUGCAUCAGAGUAAUACGUUUCUGCUUUAUAAACUGUAUUAAUCCAGGUGUGUACAGUACCCAGGUGUGUCUGAUUAUUCCAGGUUUGUGUAAUGUGGUUUCUGGGUUUCUUCUCUAAUGGUUACAGCCUCUAUCUACACACACAGUAUAAAAUAUAUUAGUAUUGAAUUACAUUAUAUGCCACGCAAAUGUGCUCGGGCCGUGAGCUUGUGUCUGUAGUGUUGUUUUUUUAAAGUUCUUUACUGUAUAUUUGAGUGUCUUGCAGAGUCAGAAUAUUAGCUUAUGUUAAGUAUCAUGUUUACAAUCAGUAUAUAUUGACUUGAAAACAAUCCUAACACAGCUUGACCGAGUCAGGCCUGAUUAUGAGGUAAUAUGGGUUUCUUUUUGCUUCGCGUACAAGCAUGUCACACUUUCAUACCUGUCACACUCACUGUAUGACUUAGAGAUUGAUGUGAAAUGUAAAUCUGGAUUGUAUCGUACAGUAUUUUGAUUUGUCUCAUACCUACGCUUUACAUUGUUCACAGUGUUCACAAAGUGCCAUGAGAAAGUCCAUUGUAACCACAUGUGAGUGAGGGUUUUUUCCACCGUUUCAUUUAUUGAAUAUUUAAAGCCACAGGGGGGCGGUAUUAUACACCGAGAAUUACUAAUAAAUGAUAACGAAGUUAACGAUUUAAUUGCCUUACCUUUGACAUUUCAAAUAUGUGUCCUGUACUUUUGAAUAAUAAAGUGAGUUGUGAACAUCAGGUUAACUUAUUGGUCUCGGUUUGGGACACGAGAAGAUGAACAAACUUUAUUUGAAUGAGUAAAUGCUUGUGUUGUACUAUUCCGUGUAAGUUGUUUUGCAUAAAAUCAUCUGCCA